AUGCUGGUUAUGUCCCGGCUCCUCGCACAGCCCCCUCUGUUUCUCCUGCCUUACCUGCAGGAGCCCUUUAUCCCUGAUGUGGAGCAGCUGGUCCUGGGGUUCCCAGGCCAGUGUCGCCGGUAGAUAGGGCCUGGCCAGGCUAAGUCUCCAACAGAAAAGUUCUGUCAUCUGCAGGAUCACAAGGUGAAACUUCAGAGAUGCCUGCAAGAGUAUUGCUGCACCCAGCUUCCAACUCCCCUUAAUGUCAGGAGACACGCGUGGUACUUCCAGGUCUGUGGUCCCAUCAAGGUCAGGCUUUUCUCCUUGACGGUCCGGGAUGAUGAACAAGUGAGUGUGUGUUGCAUGAUCACAUCCCUGAUAGAAAAGUGAGGCUGCUUUUGA